CCGAACGACGCCCGACGGAGCCCGAGAUCACUGGAGAAUCGUGCGGAAUACAGGGAGCGUUUCUAGAAUGCAGCUGAAACACCUGAAGAGCCUCCUCACCCCACAGGACGGAGCGGCGAAGGUGACGUGCAUGGCGUGGUCGCAGAACAACGCGCGGUUUGCGGUGUGCACGGUGGAUCGGGUGGUUCUCCUCUAUGAUGAACACGGGGAGAGAAGAGACAAGUUCUCCACAAAGCCCGCCGAUGCCAAGUACGGGAAGAAGAGCUACAUGGUGAAAGGAAUGGCCUUUUCCCCCGACUCUACCAAGAUUGCUAUUGGACAGACGGACAACAUCAUCUACGUGUACAAGAUCGGCGAUGACUGGGGAGAUAAAAAAGUCAUCUGCAAUAAAUUCAUCCAGACGAGUGCGAUCACCUGCCUCCUCUGGCCUCUGGAGAACACCGUCGUCUUCGGCCUGGCGGAAGGGAAGGUGCGGAUGGCAAACACCAAAACCAACAAGUCUUCCACCAUUUGCAGUGUGUAUGUGGGAUGUCACAGCGGUAACCUCGUCCUCUCUCUGGGGUCAAGUGUUUCGGGGAAAGGAAUUCUGUCUGGACACGCUGAUGGCACGAUCGUCCGCUACUUCUUCGAUGAUGAGGGAUCCGGGGAAUCUCAGGGGAAGCUGGUUACCCACCCAUGCCCACCUUACGCCCUGGCAUGGGCAUCUAACAGCAUUGUGGCAGGAGGCUGCGACAAGAAGCUGGUGGCCUAUGGAAGGGAAGGGCAGAUCAUUCAGACCUUUGACUACAGCCGGGACCCUGCAGAGAAAGAACUGAGCGUGGCUGUCACCAGUCCCAGCGGCCAGUCCGUGGUUGUCGGCAGCCAUGACAGGCUUCGGGUCCUGAACUGGAGCCUCCGCAGAGGAUUAUGGGAGGAGGCCAAACCCAAAGACAUUCCGCACCUGUACAGCAUCACUGCAUUGGCCUGGAAGAGGGACGGCUCUCGUCUGUGUGCGGGGACGCUGUGCGGAGGAGUGGAGCAAUUCGACUGUUGUUUGCGCCGGUCGUUGUACAAGAAUAAGUUUGAGAUGACCUAUGUGGGCCCCAGCCAGGUGAUUGUAAAGAAUCUCUCCACCGGGACCCGCGUGUUCCUGAAAUCCCGGUACGGCUACGAAGUCAGUGAGGUUAAAAUCAUGGGCAAGGACCAGUACCUGGUGGCGCACACAUCGGACACCUUACUGCUCGGAGAUCUGGGCACCAACCAGCUGAGCGAGGUGGCCUGGCCGGCUUCUGGAGGAAACGAGAAAUUCUUCUUUGAAAAUGAGAAUGUCUGUAUGAUCUUCAAUGCUGGGGAGCUGACGCUGGUGGAGUACGGAAGUUACGAGGUCCUGGGGACUGUCCGCACGGAGUUCAUGAACCCCCAUCUCAUCAGCGCCCGUCUAAAUGAGAGGAAGCAGCGCGGUGUAGAAGACAACAAGAAGCUGGCCUAUCUGAUUGACAUGAAGACAAUUGCUAUAGUGGAUCUAGUCACCGGUUAUAAUAUCGGGAUGGUCACCCAUGACACCAAGAUCAACUGGCUGGAGCUGAAUGAAACUGGCCACAAACUCCUCUUCAGAGACAAAAAGCUUCGGCUGAACCUCUUCGAUGUCUCCGAUGGCCAAAAGACGACCAUUUUGAAUUAUUGCUCCUAUGUGCAGUGGGUCCCGGGAAGUGACGUUGUGGUGGCACAGAACCGCAAUAACCUCUGUGUCUGGUACAAUAUCGAUUCUCCAGAACGGGUCACAAUGUUCCCUAUCAAGGGGGACAUUGUGGACCUGGUGAGAAAUGAAGGAAAGACUGAAGUGACUGUCACUGAAGGGGUUAAUACGAUAUCGUACACCCUGGACGAAGGCCUCAUAGAGUUUGGUACCGCCAUUGAUGACGGAGACUACUACAGAGCUGCAGCUUUCCUGGAGACUCUGGAGAUGUCCUCAGAGACCGAGGCAAUGUGGAAGACCCUCAGCAAACUGGCCCUGGAGGGCCACCAUCUGCAUGUGGCCGAGAGAUGUUUUGCGGCCCUGGGAGACGUCACCAAAGCCAAAUUCCUGCGGGAGACCAAUGAGAUUGCAGAGCAGUCGGCGGCUGAGUAUGGUGGAGAUGGCACCAAGAAUUACAAGGUACAGGCCCGGCUGGCCAUGCUGGAGCACAACUACAAACUGGCUGAGAUGAUCUACCUGGAGCAGAACGCAGUGACCGAGGCCAUGGGCAUGUACCAGGAAUUACACAUGUGGGAUGAAUGUAUCGCUGUAGCAGAAGCCAAGGGUCACCCUGAGCUGGAGAGUCUGAAGCGCAACUAUCUGCGGUACUUGUCGGACAGUCAGCAGGAGGAGAAAGCGGGCGAGGUGCGAGAACAAGAAGGCGACUUUGUCUCAGCUGUCAAUAUGUAUCUGCGUUCCGGACUUCCGGCAAAAGCGGCCCGUUUGUGUAUGAGCCGAGAACAGCUUCUGACCGAUUCCGAGCUCGUUGGGAGGGUCACCGCUGCCUUGAUUAAAGGAGACUUCUACGAGCGGGCCGGAGACUUGUUAGAAAAGAUUAAUAACAGCCGCCGGGCACUGGAAUGUUACUGCAAGGCCAACGCUUUCAGGAAAGCCGUGGAGCUGGCACGCGUGGUGUUUCCUACGGAGGUGCUGAAGCUAGAAGAGUCCUGGGGGGACUUCCUGGUGCAGCAGAAACAGCUGGAUGCAGCCAUCAAUCACUUCAUUGAGGCCGGGUGAGAUAUC